AGAGAGAGAGAGAGAGAGAGAGAGAGAAUUGAUUUGGGGGUGAUGGCAAGGCCAUCGUUUCUUGGAAACAAGUACUGGGUGCUGAGACAUGGUAAAAGCAUUCCAAAUGAGAAGGGUCUAAUUGUUUCGUCUAUGGAAAAUGGCACACUGGAGGAAUAUAAAUUAGCUCCGGAAGGUGUUAAUCAAGCACUUUUGGCAGGAGAAUUAUUCCAAAAGGAACUGGAGGAAAAUAAAAUACCACUUGAAAAUGUUCGAAUUUGCUAUUCCCCCUUUUCAAGAACUAGACACACUGCUAAAGUUGUUGCAUCGGUUUUGAAUAUCCCCUUUGAAGGUCCUCAAUGUAAGAUGAUAGAAGAUCUCCGGGAGCGUUUCUUUGGUCCUUCGUUUGAACUUACAUCUCAUGAUAAGUAUUCAGAGAUAUGGGCUCUUGAUGCAAAAGAUCCAUUCAUGAAGCCGGAAGGUGGAGAAAGUGUUUCAGAUGUUGUUUCUAGACUGACAAGUGCUUUGAUAACCAUUGAGUCAGAGUUUCAAGGCUGCACAAUCUUGGUUGUCAGCCAUGGUGAUCCCCUUCAAAUCUUGCAGACGAUACUCAAUGCAGCUAAAGAACAUACCGGACCCAAUGUUGAUGACUUAGCAUCAAGAAUACAGGCUGUUAAAGUUCCUUCCGUCCUGUCACUGCACCGGAAGUUCAGCCUUCUUACUGGAGAACUCCGGGCAGUUAUAUAAAUUGCAGCUUCUAUGGACAUAGACAUAGCCUUCGGGAAGGCUUAUUAGCUGUUGAAAUUUAUCUUCUUCUAUGACUAUAUAUUCUUGUAAUAACCAACUUGUUCCAAAAUUUCUGCGGGCAAUUUGCAGCUGGGUCACCAUAAUUGUUAUUGCAGUGACUAGCAAGUCCCAAGCCUCGCAACUAAGAUUAUUGUAGCCUCAAAACCUCAUUACCUUUUUAUGUUCAUUUCCACGUUUACAGAAGCUUGGUUUUGCCUGUA